AUGACUGAGCUGCAUCUAGCGAGAAAUUGCAUUGGCCAAGUUGGCGUUCAAGCGCUUGAUGAGGCACGCAAAGUCAACCGCAUUCUGACUCAGCUUGACAUCGAGGACCAGAUAAACCCGCUUGCAUUCUCCUUGCUUCCACGAUUGACAACCUCUGAAGACUGGCAGAGCGUGUUUCACCUGCUGACAGGCCGACACGAGCUGGAGAAUCAGCCCGCACUUCUCCCUGCACUACCAGCCGAGAUUGCCGAGCUCGUUAUGGACGAAGCGGAGUACUUGCAAGGCGUGCAGCACAUUCACCAAGCGUGGUCUAGUUCUCAGAACCCAUCGCAGUCACUUCAACGCAAAUUUACUGUAACAGCUCGAAUGCGGCCUGCGUUACGGCCGACCGGCAACCCCACCCGCGGCCCAGCUGCCCUGUCUGGCGUGGUAGUGCACAACGCACACAACCGACCGGCCGGCAUCUCGAUUGUCGCGAGCAGCGGCGCAGGGCAAGAGUUGCUCGUUGCAGCCUCGUCCAAUUUCCAGCACCCAAGCAACAACCGAGCCAGCGACCACGACGAGGAGGACAGCUACUCCACUGGCAGCUUCAACGAUGGCGAUGAUGACGAUGAUGCCCGUGCCAGUGCCAGUGCCAGUGCUGGGGUGAAGCGCGAUCGGGUCGUGUGGACGAGAGACCCGAGCGACCGACGAAAUCGGCUGCUCCCACUGGUCCCGCGAACCGUCGGUGAAGACGAGUACUACGACCAAGAGGAAGAAGACCAAGACUUUGCACGAGAAUUAGAAGCGCAGGAUCAGGAUCAAGACCAGGACGGCCACGAUCGUGAAUUUCUCAGACAAGGACCGUUCAAGCGAUCUGGUGAGAAUGACAAGAAAUCCCUUGAGCGAAUCGCCUUGUUGCCAGCACGCCAGAGCAACCAGCAGGCACUCCCCAGCAAGAGACUGGCUGCUAAAGAAGCCGCAGCAAGCUUGGCAACUACCACACUCGGCUCGACAGCAUCAAGAUUGUCGGGACCCACUGGUGCCGUCUUUGGUCGAAGCGCACCACUGUCGUUGGCUGGCACGGAAGUAGAGCUCGUUCGUAGCACUCGCACCGGAAUCGGGCGGAGGCGAACGACCAACAAGGAUGACUCGGAUGGCGACGAGGGCGAGGACUUUGAGCCCGGGCGCGACAAGACCUACCAGAAUGCCACUCACACGCUGAUUUGGCAUCGCGUCACACCCACUGAUACGCUUCAGCACCUAGCGGUUCGCUUUGGCGCAAGUGUCUCGGACAUUAAACACGUCAACCGCAUCUGGCGUGUUGAAGAGCUCUCGACUCGGCGACGCGUCCGAAUACCGGUGGCACGUUACAACAUUAUCAGCGAGCAGCUUCACGCUGAAGGCCUUUUUGUUGAGGUUCAUCCGUUUGAACGGUCUGACGACGAAAGCGACGACCGAGAAAAUCAGUCGGCAUCCGAACAGCCUCCCGGGUCGCGGCACAGUCACGGAUUGACUGGCGAGAGUACAACUCUGAAUCCUGUCGCCAAGCCAGUCCCGCGCUCGACACAAGUCGACAUCACCAGUCUGCUCAAUGAGCCAUUGCCUCAAAUUGCCACCCCAAGCCCCGACGAUGCGUCUCGUCUGACUGAUGCCAUUUCCCCGGAGCAAGCACUGGCAGUUGUGCAACGCGCCGAAGCAGAGCGCGCCCGCCGAGCAUGGAGUUGUUGUUCUCCGAUACAGCUCGCCGUUGGCGUGUUUGUGAUUGUUUGUUUACUCAUCCCUAUGCUAUUCUACUAUGAGAUUGAUAUUAAGGGCUUUCGGCCGGGCUAG